GACACAUUCACUGGAUUGCUUGGCUGCGAUGGAGCUCUGUGAAGUCUGCAUUCCACUGCUUUAUAUGAUUCUGGCGAGCCUCUUACAUUCCGGAGCAUUUGCCGGUAACCGCGACUUCUUCCUGCACUUCCGAUUAGAGUCGCGCAGCGAGUAUUUUGAUGGCAUGGUGGGCAACUCCAUCGCAGUGGCGAUUGAAGCGACCGUUCUCGUGGGCUUGCAGGUCUUGCUCCUGCGACUGUUCGGCUUCAGCUUGUGGGAGUUCAUGGGCACCAUCAUUCGGAUGGAUUGGUCCUUCUACGUCUUCGGCAUGGCCUGCUGCUUCAUCGCAUGGCUCGCCGUGACCAUCGAGCACUUUGGGACCUGGGGACUCUUACGCUU